AUGAAAGGUGGAACGUACGUGCUGGGGUACAAGCAGAUCCUGAAGAUGAUCAGACAAGGCAAAGCAGAAUUGGUCAUCCUUACUAACAACUGCCCAGCUUUUAGGAAAUCCAAAAUAGAGUACGAUGCAAUGUUGACCAAAACUGGUGUCCAUCACUACAGUAGCAAUAAUAUUGAACUAGGCACAGCAUGCGGACAAUACUACAGAGUGUGCACAUUGGCAUGA